AUCCGACUCAGCUCACUUCUCUCCUUCUCCCUCCACCGCAGACAGACCAACCUCCUCAUCUCUCUCCAUCAUGACGAUGAUGUACUCUCGGAGCGCUGUGGGUGGCGGCCCCGCCAGCAUGCGCAUGAGCUCCUACAGCGUGUCCGGAGGAGCAGGAGGCGCUGGUGGCAUCAGGGUCUCCCAGGCCAGCAGGAGCUUCUCUGCUGGUGGCGGUGGAGCUUUUGGUUCAGCUGCAGGUUUUGGUGGAGGUUCAGGUGCAGGUUUUGGUGCAGGUGCAGGUUUUGGUGGAGGUGCAGGUUUUGGUGCAGGUGCAGGCUUUGGCAGCGGCGCAGCAAUGGACGACAGCCUCAUCGGCAACGAGAAGUUCACCAUGCAGAACCUGAACGACCGCCUGGCCACCUACCUGGCCAAGGUGGCGGCACUGGAGAAGGCCAACGCCGAGCUGGAGCUGAAGAUCAGGCAGUUUGUGGAGAGCAAAGUCGGCCCCAGCACCAAGGACUUCGGCGCCUUCUACGUCACCAUCACAGAGCUCCAGGGCAAGAUCCAGGACGCCAUCCUCGCCAAAGGAACAGUGCUGCUGAGCAUCGACAACGCCAAGCUGGCUCAGGACGACUUCAGAGUGAAGUUUGAGAACGAGCUGUCGAUGCGUCAGUCGGUGGAGGCUGACAUCGCCGGGCUCAAGAUGCUCAUGGGAGAACUUGGCGUGGCGAAGACCGACCUGAGCAUGCAGAUCGACAGCCUGACGGAGGAGCUGGUGUCCAUGAAGAAGAACCACGAGGAGGACCUAUUAUCCAUGCGCACUCAGAUGAGCGGUCAGGUGAACGUGGAGGUGGACGCCGCUCCUCAGGAGGACCUCACAAGGAUCAUCGAGGAGGUCAGAGAACACUACGAGGCCGUCGCCGCCAAGAGCCGCAAAGACCUGGAGAGCUGGUACCAGACACAGUCCGAGUCCAUCACAAAGGAGGUGGCAGCCACAGAGAUGACGCUGAAGACGACGACCACAGAAGUGAAGGAGGUGAAGAGCCAGCUUCAGGGUCUGGAGAUCGAGCUCCAAUCACAGCUCAGCAUGAAAGCGUCUCUUGAAAGCAGCCUGGCUGAGAUCCAGAGCCGCUACGGCAUGCAGAUGAGCGGCUUCCAGAUGCAGGUGAGCAGCAUGGAGGAGCAGCUGGUGCAGCUCAGGGCCGACCUGGAGAGACAGGGGCAGGAGUACCAGAUGCUGCUGGACAUCAAGACCAGGCUGGAGAUGGAGAUCGCCGAGUACAGGAGGCUGCUGGACGGAGAGGGACUCGGAGUCGGAGUUGGACUCGGAUCUUCCUCUUCCUCCACCACCACCACCACCACGGUCAUCACAAAGGUCAUCGAGGAGACCAUCUGAGGACACUCCCGUCUGUCUGAGCCGUCAUGGAGGCGUCACGAUGAAGAGCUGUCCUCUUCGUCACUUCACUGCCCUGUAACUGAUCAUGAUGAUCGAGGAAACGUUCAUCUGAUCCAACAAAGCUUCUCCAAUAAAACUCAAACUAACUUCAUCAA